AAGAAUCACGAAAUACAUAACAUUUACAUAAUUCAAACUUAAAUUUAUGCUGUGGCUACCCACAUUUCAUGACUGUAAUUAUAUAUGAUCUGUAGUUGCAAAGAAAUUUCACAAACAGACUCUUAUAUAAACAAUGUUAAGCUCAUCUACAACACCACCAAAAAAAGGAAACAGAAAUUUAAACAAGAAAAAUCUCAAGCACUCGUUAAGAUUCGUGUUUUUUCUUUCAGUGCUUGCAGCAGUAUCUUAUAGAAUCUCUUCCACAGUCACUGUUUCUUCUUUUUCUUCUUCAUUUUCUUCUUCCAUGUAUCCACUUCCACCAAAGUCUAAUCGCACUCAGAAGCGUUUGCAGAUAGUUUUUCGAGCUAUAUACUUUGCAGUUUCCUUGUCUAAGAAAGCAGUUAAUACCAAUGCCUUGCUGUUUCCUUCAGUUUUGCAUCACAAUCCCUCCUACGUUGCCAUUGAUGUACAACCCUCCAAAAAUGAUCGCCUCGAAAGAUCUUUUAUGGAAAUUGAUAGGAAGGCACUUGCUGACUUGGUAAGAGAAAAAAAUAGCGAUAGGCUGCACACUUAUGGAGGUGCAAAAGAAUUAGCAGCCAUUCUUCAAACAGAUCCAGAAGCUGGUAUCAGCAGUGCAGAGGGUAGCAUAAAGCAAAGAAUCGAUGCAUUUGGAUCCAACACAUACAGAAAGCCCCCUGCUAAAAGUUUACUGAGGUUUCUUCUCGAAGCAUCCAAAGAUUCCAUGAUCAUCAUUCUUCUGGUUUGUGCAGUUUUGUCACUCUGUUUUGGAAUCAAACAGAAUGGCCUGAAGGAAGGAUGGUAUGAUGGAGCAAGCAUAAUUGUGGCUGUAAUACUAGUUCUUGGAGUCUCUGCCAUCAGCAACUUCAAACAAAGUAAGCAAUUUGAGAAGCUUUCCAAUGAGAGCAAUAAUAUAAGAAUUGUCGUAGUCAGAGAUGGGCGGAGACAGCAAAUGUCCAUAUUCAAAAUCGUUGUAGGCGAUAUUGUAUGUCUAAAAAUCGGCGAUCAAAUUCCAGCAGAUGGGUUAUUCCUGGAUGGUUACUCUUUAAAGGUAGAUGAGUCUAGCAUGACAGGUGAAAGUGACCAUGUUGAAAUCCAUGAGGCAGGCAAUCCAUUCCUGCUAUCGGGUACAAAGGUCACAGAUGGCUAUGGUCGCAUGCUCGUUACAUCUGUAGGAAUGAACACAACAUGGGGUCAGAUGAUGAGUUUAAUAACUCAUGACACAAAUGAACAGACACCAUUACAAAGGCGGCUUAACAAGCUGACCUCCGGUAUUGGGAAGGUCGGUUUGUUGGUCGCUUUCCUUGUUUUAGUCGUGUUGUUGAUACGUUACUUCACCGGACAAACCAAAGAUGAAAGAGGGCAAAGGGAGUUCAAAGCCAGACAGACGAGUACUGGCGAUAUCAUGAAUUCCAUCAUCCGGAUCAUUGCUGCAGCAGUUACUAUCCUUGUAGUGGCUAUUCCAGAGGGUUUGCCUUUGGCUGUAACACUAACCCUGGCAUACUCAAUGAAACAAAUGGUGAUGGACCAUGCCAUGGUGAGAAAAUUAUCAGCCUGUGAGACUAUGGGAUCGGCUACUACCAUCUGCACUGAUAAAACCGGCACCCUGACUUUAAAUCAGAUGCAAGUCACUGAAUUUUGGUUAGGCAAUGAGCCGAUGAAGGGAAAGACACCAACAGACAUAGCACCUGAUGUUGGUCAACUGCUGCAAGAAAGUAUUGGCUUAAACAGUACUGGUGAGAUUUAUACUUCACCUUCUUCACCAAAUCCAGAGAUUACUGGUAACCCAACAGAGUCAGCCAUCCUUAAUUGGGCUGUAUUUGAUAUGAAAAUGGAUAUCAACACAACAAAGCAAGAGUAUGAAAAGCUCCAUGUUGAAGUUUUCAAUUCAGAGAAGAAAAGAAGUGGGGUUUUAGUGAGGAAAAAUCAUUCGGAGACAGUUCGUGUGCAUUGGAAAGGAGCAGCUGAAAUGAUUCUGGCCAGGUGUUCAAACUACUACAUGGAAAAUGGUACAGUUAAGGCCAUAGAUGAUGAAGAGAGAAAACAGCUUGAAAUAAUAAUUGAAAAGAUGGCAGGUAAGAGUCUUCGCUGCAUUGCUUUUGCUUUCAAAAGCAUUGCAGGACAUGGUGUCAUUUGCGAGAAUCUUCCAGACACUCAAUUAACAUUACUGGGGUUGGUGGGUUUAAAGGAUCCAUGCAGGCCAGAGGUUAAAGCAGCAGUAAAAUCGUGCAGAAAAGCUGGAGUGAACAUAAAAGUAAUCACUGGAGACAACAUGUUGACAGCAAAAUCAAUAGCCAUAGAGUGCGGAAUUUUAAAUGGUAAUGAGGACUUGGAAGAUACAGCUGUUGAAGGAAUAACUUUCAGAAAUUAUUCACCUGAAGAAAGAAUGGCAAAAAUUGAUCGGAUCCUUCUUAUGGCAAGAUCAUCUCCUUUUGACAAGCUAUUGAUGGUACAGAGUUUAAAGCAGAAAGGUCAUGUGGUAGCAGUAACUGGUGAUGGCACAAAUGAUGCACCUGCUUUGAAAGAAGCAGAUGUUGGCCUUUCAAUGGGCAUCCAGGGCACAGAAGUUGCCAAGGAAAGCUCAGACGUUGUCAUCCUGGAUGACAAUUUCAAUACCGUUGUUAUGGUAUUAAGGUGGGGCAGAUGCGUAUACAGAAAUAUUCAAAAGUUCAUCCAGUUUCAACUCACAGUCAAUAUCACAGCCCUAUGCAUCAAUUUUAUUGCUGCAGUAUCUGCCGGCGAAGUUCCUCUCACGGCAGUCCAGCUUCUUUGGGUGAACCUGAUCAUGGAUACAUUGGGUGCCUUGGCCUUGGCAACUGAACAGCCAAACAAUGAUCUAAUGGAAUGCAGACCUGUUGGUCGCAGAGAACCUCUUAUAACCAAAAUCAUGUGGCGAAAUCUCAUUGCUCAGGCUUUAUAUCAGGUAACUAUCAUACUGAUCCUUGAAUUCAAAGGAAGCUCUAUCUUCCAUGUGAACGAAAAGGUUGAGCACACCAUUAUUUUCAAUAGUUUUGUCCUCUGUCAAGUUUUUAAUGAGUUCAACGCAAGAGAGCUUGAGAAGAAAAAUGUAUUCAGGGGAGUACUAAAGAACAAACUGUUUCUAAGCAUCAUAGGGAUGACAGUAGCUCUUCAAGUGGUUAUGGUAGAGUUCUUGAAGAGAUUUGCCACUACAGAAAGGCUGAACUGGGUACAAUGGGUUUCAUGCAUUGGAAUUGCUGCACUGUCAUGGCCAAUUGGUUGGUUUGUCAAAUGCAUCCCUUCUGAACGGCUCCCUUCUCUUCCAUUUAGAACUACAUUUUAAGAAGUGGAAUCUUAGAUCAACUGGGUGGAAGGAGGUCAAUCUUUAUACGUACAUGUCAUGCCAGAGACCACG